UCCCCUCCUCCUGCCCAACCCCUUUCCUACUUCUUUCCCUACCCGCCAACUGCACGCGCCAUUCUCCUUGCGGAAGACCGCGCGCAUUCCCAGGCACGUCACGUCGGGCAUGGCCAGUGUGGAUCAGCGUGAGGGCACCAUCCAGGUGCAGGGCCAGGGCCUCUUCUUCAGAGAGGUGAAGCCUGGCAAUGGGCAGGCUGCUCGCUUCUCUGUGCUGCUGUUGCAUGGUAUCCGCUUCUCCUCGGAGACCUGGCAGAACCUGGGUACUCUGCAUAAACUGGCCGAGGCUGGCUACAAGGCUGUGGCCAUUGAUCUGCCAGGUCUUGGGCAAUCCAAAGAAGCAGCAGCCCCUGCCCCUAUCGGGGAACUGGCCCCUGGCAGCUUCCUAGCAGCUGUGGUGGAUGCCUUAGAGCUGGGGCCCCCGGUUGUGAUCAGCCCAUCACUAAGUGGCAUGUACUCACUGCCCUUCCUCGUGGCCCCUGGGUCCCAACUCCGGGGCUAUGUACCGGUGGCUCCCAUCUGCACAGACAAAAUCAAUGCUGAUGACUAUGCCCGUGUUAAGACCCCAGUUCUGAUUGUAUACGGAGACCAGGACCCCACGGGUUCCUCCAGCUUUCAACACCUGAAGCAGCUGCCCAACCACAGAGUACUGGUCAUGAAAGGGGCAGGGCAUCCCUGUUACCUGGACAAGCCUGAUGAGUGGCAUACAGGGCUUCUGGAUUUCCUUCGGGGGCUUGCCUGAGACUUAGUCCUGCAGAUGAGGGCGACAGAUGGCCUGUCCUGAGCUCUCUCGCUGUCUUCUCCUGGUCUCUGGCUUGUGCCUCACCUGUAACAGGUCUGUCUAUACAUCUGUCUGGGUUCCUGUCAUUUCUACUUUUCUCUUGCAGUGACAGAUCAGAUCAAGGAGGUAAAAAUCAAAUGGAAGAAGCCUCAGAUUCAAGGAAGAAACCUGAUUGUGGGUAAUUCAUGAGCUUCUCCUACAGGCUCCUUUGCUUGGCUUACACUUUUCUGCCUCACUUUCUGCUCCACCUCCUUCAGCUGCUCUGCAGGACAGCCAUUCCCUCUACUCCCCUACCUGUCUUAGGCCACAGAUAACAUACAUGUGUGAAUGCUUGUUUAGAUCCAUCCCGCACACAGGUCCACAAUACUGGACUGACAUAUUCUUGUGAGGCUUUGCAUCACGUGCUGGCACAGGUCCUUUCAGUCCUCUGUGAAGGGAGGUGGCACUCUCUUAUGAGCCGGUGCUUGUAAGAGACCCCCUUGCCAGGAUACGGAUGUGGCCAGCCCUAGAUUUCUCUUACCUACACGUUGCAACUGGUCCCAGACCAGAACUGCUUCCUCAGAAGGGGAGGUGCACCCCUCUGCCUUUCAACUCUCCCCAUUUUUCUCUUCCCCUUCUUUUUGGGGCCUGCACACCUCCCCAGGUCAUCAAGCAUUUUGCCUGCUAUGAGGCCUGGGAGUGGGUUGGGGAGACCCACUGUGGAGGUCCCUGAAAUAAAGUGAUGCAAUUAGACCUCA